ACUUCUAGCCCCAGCCAAUCAUAGCCCAUGAACAAAACAUAUAAAAUUCCUCUCAUCAAUGUCUCCUCGUUCUUUAAUUGUCUUGUUCCUUCUCCUUAUUUCUACUCACCCAUUUCACCGGAUUUUAACAAACGCCGCUGGUGGCCGGUGGCAACUUCUGCAAAAAAGCAUUGGCAUAACAGCUAUGCACAUGCAGCUUCUCUAUAAUGACCGUGUCGUAAUCUUUGAUCGAACAGAUUUCGGCCUCUCAAAUCUGUCGCUACCAAAUAAAAAGUGUCGAAAUGAUCCUAACGAACUCGUGAUAAAAAAUGAUUGCACUGCUCACUCGGCUGAGUACGAUGUUUUAACCAAUACAUUUCGGCCUCUUAUGGUCCUAACCGACGUUUGGUGCUCCUCAGGUGCUGUCAUGUCCGAUGGACGUCUGAUCCAAACUGGUGGCUUCAAUGAUGGUGAACGUAGGGUCAGGAUUUUCUCACCAUGCAAUUACUGCGACUGGGAAGAGCAGGGAAAUGGGCUUAUAGCAACAAGAUGGUACGCCACCAACCACAUAUUGCCUGAUGGAAGCCAAAUCAUUAUCGGCGGGAGAAGGCAAUUCAACUACGAGUUUUAUCCUAAAAUGGGUCUUCGAAACUUGUACGGAUUGCCAUUUCUUGCUCAGACUAAUGAACGUGACAUCGAGAACAAUCUGUACCCAUUUGUUUUUCUUAAUAUUGAUGGUCAUUUGUUCAUUUUCGCAAAUAAUCGAGCUAUAUUGUUCGAUUAUAAAGUUGGCAAGGUGGUGAAAAUUUACCCAACAAUCCCUGGAGGUGACCCACGUAGCUAUCCGAGCACUGGCUCUGCUGUCUUGCUUCCACUGAAGAACAUACAAGGAAGGGCACUUCAAGCUGAAGUAUUGGUUUGUGGAGGUGCACCGAAAGGUUCACACAUCCAGAGUAAACAUGGUAACUUUGUUAAAGCAUUAGACACCUGUGGACGGAUCAAGAUAACCGAUCCGAAUCCUCAAUGGACCAUGGAGAGAAUGCCUCAGGCACGAGUUAUGGGUGACAUGAUAUUGCUUCCAAACGGCAACGUUUUAAUCAUAAACGGUGCUGGAGCUGGCACUGCAGGAUGGGAACUCGGGCGAAAUCCUGUAUUGAACCCAGUUAUAUAUCGACCAGACGUGGCAGUUGGUUCACGGUUCGAGUUACAAAACCCAACCACGGUUCCAAGAAUGUAUCAUUCAGCAGCCAUCUUGCUGAGGGAUGGAAGAGUUCUUGUUGGUGGAAGCAACCCUCACAUAAACUACAACUUCAGAACACCGUUGUUUCCGACUGAGUUAAGCUUAGAAGCAUUUUAUCCUCCAUAUUUGGAUUCAAAAAAUAAUAAUUUCAGGCCAAGAAUUAUAUCUCCACCGUCCAAAGCUACAAUUGGGUACUCACAGAGAUUAGUGAUUCGGUUCCAAGUAGCAAUAGCUGCAAAAACGGCGUCUGUAACAAUGGUGGCACCUUCAUUUACAACACACUCCUUCGCUAUGAACCAGAGGUUGUUAGUUCUUGGUAACGAGAAACUGACAAAUGCCGGAACGGCGACGUAUGACGUUCAAGUGACUGCUCCACCUUCGAAGAAUCUUGCGCCGUCUGGGUACUACAUGCUAUUUGUGGUUCAUCAGGAUAUUCCCAGCCAAGGCAUUUGGGUCCAGAUAAAGUAAUUAUUUAAUUAAUUCUGCUUCAUAUAUUAUUUUUAUUGUCACUGAAUAUUAAUUGAUUAACAAGUCCUGGUAAUUGUAACUAGACUGCGUUAGGAAUAAUUCUAUUUAUAUAUCCUUUCUGUA